AUGUGUGCCCGCUACUCUCAAGCCGUACAGGACCUGGCCAAGGCAGAACAUGGGUGGCACUUCGGUGCAAUGCACACUCAACCAGAACAGAUCCGGGAUUUCAAGAUCGAAGACAUGGCGCAUGGCAUGCAGACGGUCGCACCGCAAUUGUGGUCCCUGGUGCUCGUGGUCAUUCUGAGUAUCUUGAUGCAAUCGCGCGAUCCUCACUGCAAUGCCCUCCAAAGCACAAUGGGAAUCUUCUUGCACUCGUGCAAUGCACCCGAGAAGCUCACCAAGGUCCUCUCUCGAAUGGGCCUGUCAAUCUCGCUGCCGUCCAUCCAUCGCGCGGUCCGUUCAUUAUCGCAGCGGAGCUGCCAAGACAUCCAGCUUCUAGGCCGCUCACUCCUGACUUCCUAUGCUUUCGACAACUUUGAUGUGCUCUUGAAGGUUCUCGUUCACACAGUGGAUGGGGCACAGGGCGGCCUCGUACAUCUUACAUCCGGGGCACUUUUCCAACUUCAGCAAGUUGAGCUAGAGGACUUGCGCUGCUCGAAGCUUGUCUGGGAGCGGUCAGAGCUGAAUCCCCAUGCAUCCAAUCCCCGUUCCCUUACCGAUCCCGAGCCCGUCGAUCCCAUCCCCAUCGCAAAGACCCACUACUUGCCUCUCCGAGCGAUGGAUAUCAAUCAGUCCACCGUGGCCGGGAAUAUCAAGGCCCUCGGUGAGAUGUUCAGGCAGGCAGGUGUCGGUGAUCCGCACUUGGAAACCAACGGAGAGACUCCCCCAGUCGAUAUCAGGGAGUACAUGACAAUUGUCUUUGGCGACCUUGGUACCUACGAACGCAUCAUGUCAGCCCUCCGCCGAAGAUCUGUGGAAAGAACCCCGUACAACCGCCUUCAGUCUGUCGCCUUCGGGAUCGGCUAUUUCCAUGUCAAGAUGGCCGCAACGGAUACAGUGUGGCGGCUCGUAGUCAACCCCGUGAAUGCAAGACAAGAUGACACGAGCUUUAUGAAGACUGCGGGAGAGCUGCGACCAAAUGAGAGCUCACGACUGGUCUCCGGAGCAACAUUCCGUCAGCAGCAUGAACUGAUUGGGCAUGUCGGCAUUCUCUUACGUUUGGAUGCCUGGCGCACAGAGGUCAAGCGACGUAACCCAUCCAUUAAGUCGCUUGAGGCUUGGGCGGAUACGAAACCAUCACUGGCGGAGAUUAACGAUAUUGCGGAAUGUCUUGUGCGCGAUUAUGUUGAAGGGGAGGGCUUGGACCUUUUUGCGUUGGCGAUGCAGUCAGAACAGGCCAGGGACCAGGUCCGGGAGAAUACGAUGCGUCUUCAUAAUUAUCUCCUGCUUUACGAGGAGUUGUCGUACGCCAUGAACGCAGGAGAUAUUGGGCGACUGGAGAGCUUGCUUGCGCUGUGGAUCCCGCUGUUCCGAGCCGCCGGCAAGCACAAAUAUGGUAACUAUACGCUUCGUUUCAUGCACGACUUGUUCAAGAUAUACCCGGAAGGCCUUCGACAGGCAAUUAGGAUGAAUAUACUGGUUAAUCCGACAGGAAGACCUCAUGAAUUCCGCGCUGUCGACUGGGUAAUUGAACUAUUAAACCUACUGAUAAAGGUGAUAUACGGCGGGGAGGGUUCAAAUUACACAAAGGAGCGGAUUCUGCUCGAGUCCGUCCUUGUCCGUAUCUUUAGAAACAGUCACGCCAACAUGGAACAAAACUUUGCACUCUCGGGAUUGACUACACGACAUGCUAAGAAGAACAUGAAGAAGACAUUCGACGACAUACUCAAGCGUAUGGAAGAGAGGGGGCCCAACGAGUAUAGGGCAAGGCGGAAGUCGCAGUACGUCAUUCCCGACGCCCUUAUGAAAGGGGCAGCGAUGAUCGAGAAGGAGGGAGGUGUUUCAACUCUGAGGUCCGUUGUCUUCCGGGUGUACGGCGACGGAGAGAACACGGACGUCCAGAAGUCCUCAUAUCGAGGUCGUAACGGUCGUGAAUCCUCAGCAACGCGCGCCGGAGUCGACGGCGUGGCGCAAGCAGAGGCAGACAGGGAGAGGUCGUUCUCCUUGUCUUCUCGGCUACUGUUCUUCGGCUGGUACAGGGGACAAGUGGGGUUAUUCCCUGCAAUGGGUGUCGGAUAUGCCAAGGGUUAG